CUGAUAUAACUGUGUUUGCUAUAAUAUACUCCUGCUGGUGGUUGGGAGGUUUGAAGGAAUUGGAAAGGGAAGUAUUAGUUAGACUGAAGAAUCUUUAGUCAGAUGCCCUUAUAUGGUUUAGCUUGUUUAUAAGCUUUAAUAUUAUCUGGAGGAAGUUAUAGGAUUGCCUUUGGCUUUCCUCUAUUAUUAUGUAUUAUAUAUGUGGAAGCUGUUACCAUGCUGGGGACCUCUGGUUCUCACCCAUGCGGAUUUUGUGGUUUUCAGAUGCAGGACGUACGGUUUCCCGCUGAGGCAUGCUGGAGACUUCUAGAUUUGCGAAGGAACCAGAUGGCGCCUCGUGGACGCGGUAGAGGUAGUGCGAGAGGUCGUACGAAUGCUCGUGCACCGGAGAAUAACCCUAAUGACCCAGUGAACUUUAUGGCUGCGUUGGAGAACAUGGCUGCUGCUAUGCAAGCCACUGCUGAGGCUCUUGGUCAACAGAUGAAUAACCAUGGUAAUGAUGGAGGUGGAGUUCAGGGCCCGAUGACCUUGGCAAACUUUUUGAAGGUUAAUCCGCCUAAGUUCAAGGGAACUACUAGCCCGACUGAGGCUGAUACAUGGUUUCAGGCUAUAGAGCGAGCACUGCAAGCAUAA